AAACGAGUUCGAGCCAAAUGAACCAAAACAGCUCGCACUCCCCGAUAACAUCGCUCCAGUGAGCAGUCGCUUGCGCUAUUCUCACGCCCGUCGUUCUUCCCUGGGUUUGCUUUUGAGUGGGCGAGCCCCUCUGGCUUGUUCUCACGCCCGUCGUCCGUCGUCGCACUGGGCUAUAACUCUGGGAAGAUCGUUAAGACACGCUGGUGAAUCUAACGGCAUAGUGGGCGGAACCGAUGAGACCGAUUGCGGCGAGCAUGGAAGACGAGGAGGCGGAUUGGAGGGUUCGGAUGGAGAGAGGGAGCGCGGAGGAGGUCCGGGGUAGCGCGCUGGACCUACUGAAGCGGAUGGAGGAGGACGAUUCCUGGAAAUUACCGUCCGUGCGCAGAAUUCAGGUACCCCACGUGCGACAGCAGCACUCUUGGGACUGUGGAGUGGCGUGCGUUCUCAUGGUGCUCAAGGCGCUCCAGAUCCCCAUCCAGACCGUUCAAACUGAACCAAAUCGGAGUAUCCCUGCCGUCCAAUCGCUGCAGCCAAUCGGAGCAUCGCCUGCCGUGCCUGCUACAGCCGCCGCUAGGAACUCUAGAACAGCGGUAGCCUCAGCUACAGCUACUAGUGCAGUCACAGUUGUAGCUAUCAUUGACGCCCCGAACACAUCUACAAAUAUCAGUGACGCUCCAGCUACAGCUACAACUACAUCUGCAUCCCCUACACAUAUCGCUGAAGCUGCAGGCACAGCCACAGACCCAGCUACAGCCGCCGCCACACACUUAGCCACGCCCCCAGCCAACAGCAACACAGCUGUAGGCCCCACAAUCGGCAAAUUCGCAGCAGCUGAUGCUCAGCCUGCCUUAUCCCCGUUAGCAGCAGGUGAGGAGGAGCAGGGCGUGCAGGGGUCAGAGCAGGCGUUGGAAGAGGCAAAGGGCGCACAAGCUAAGGCUGUGGCAGGGCGGGACGCGGAGGCAGCUGGCCUGUGUGCGCACUUGCCUGUGCGGGAAGGCUCUGACGCCUGGGUGGGCUCGGACUUGAACGACCAUGCUGGCCCGCCCUCGCACGCAGCGGGGGGUGUUGGGCCAUCGCUGCUUGCAGCAGAGCGUGGAGCAGAAGAGUGGGGACCUGGGAUGGGCGGCAGAGAAGCAGCUCAGAGGCAUGGCUGUGUGAUGCGAGCUGGGGACGGUGCAUGUGACAUGGCAUGUGACAUGGCAUGUGAGGUGGCGUGUGAGGUGGCAUCAGGCCGUGUGAGAGCUGCGCCUAGCAUGGGAGCACCUGAUGGGUCAAGUGCUACGACCAGGGGCAGGCCACCUGAUGCUGGCGGGGCAGCUGCCUCUGGCGGCCACGCAGGGGGCUACUGGCUGCGAUCUGGCGCGAGUGUGAAUGGCACAGACGGAGACAACAGAGGGGCGUAUGGUAGUGGUAGCAGCGGUAGCAGGGGUAGCAGGGGUAGCAGGGGUACCAGCGGUGGCAGGGACGGCAGGGGCAACAGGCAAGUAGCAGCAGGGGCAGAGCUAGGGAGAGAAGGCAACGCAGGCACAAGAGGAGGAGGAAAUAAGAGCACAAACGGAAGCAGAAUCAGCGAGCAGAGUGCUGACUGUGCUGUGGGUGUGGAGGGGGGCAGAGAAGGGGAGAGAGUACCAGAGGCAGGGCUGGCAGCAGGUCGGGCAGCAGCAGUGGCGGGUGUGGGGCCCGCAAGAGCAGCAGCGGGUGUGGGGCAAGCAGGAGCAGCAGCACAGGGAGAGGAGGAUGCGCGGCAGCUGCAGUACCUGCACAGGCAGUGCGGCACCACCAGUGUGUGGAGCAUCGACCUGGUGGCUGUGCUGCACGGCCACGGCGUGGCAGUGGAGUUUCUCACCAUCACCAUCGGCGCCAACCCCUCCUUCGCCUCCGAAGCCUUCUACAAGGAGAACAUGCCUGGCGACGUGGACAGGGUCAACCGCCUCUUUGCAGACACCAUGCGAGCUGGCGUGCCCAUACAGGUGGGCUCAUCUCAUCUCAUCUCAUCUCAUCUCAUCUCAUCACUUCUCAUCUCAUCUCAUCUCAUCUCAUCUCUUCUCACCUCACCUCAUCUCAUCUCAUCUCAUCUCAUCGCAUCGCAUCCCACCCAGUGUGCAUCCAUUCGCAUUCAGCAUCUGGCGUGGCUGCUGCUGUCUGGUCGCUACCUCGUCAUUGCCCUCGUGGAUAAGCGCACCAUCACCCAUCCUCUGGCUUCGGAGCGAUGCCCUCCUGAGUGUUGUGGGCCAACUCCUGGCUACAUUGGCCAUUUUGUGGUGGUGUGUGGCUUUGACAGCCAGUGCAGGAUGUUUGAGAUCUGCGAUCCAUCCUCACACGGCGGCACAUCGUGGGUGCCCUUCGCAGCAUUGGAGGAUGCGCGCAUGACAUUCGGCACGGACCAGGAUUUGAUUCUGGUUCGACUCGCGGACUCAUCUCAUAGUGAGCUAAGAUGAGCAGUGUAUCGCUUUUCACGACAAAGGCCGAAAGGUGCCUACAAAAUAGUGUUAAACUAGAAAGAAUAAUUCGAAGAAUGGAGAACAGGGGAGAUAUAGCGUUUGGGUUGUAACCACUAAGAAUAUACGCUAUCUAGCCUAUAACUUCUACAUAAACAAUAGAAGUAUAAGUUCACACACCCCCUAGGCUAGAUAAGGGGUAGUGCUGAGCAAGAAACACGCAGCUCAGGG